UGAGCAGCCACACGUGUAACGUACCAUUUCUCGGUCAAUAAUAAGAGAUCAUGGUAGUUUGGCGUGUAAUAGGCCUAUACACCUGAUCUCACAUGAUCCACCAAAGAUAUAAUGUUUCUAGGAUUACGAAAUGAGCCGACAAUCAAACAAUCAGGCUGAAAUCAUGUGCCCGUCAUGAGUAGUCAAUCUGACGUCUGUACCGGAAUAACAGAAUGUUUGAGGAAUGUGGCCGAGGAAGCACGAGAACUGUACCUGGAUAAACAAGUGCCCGUCCUCAGCGCCCCCGUGUCCCCACUGACCUUCUACAGGCAGUAUGUGGCUCCCAAUAAACCAGUUGUUGUGGAGGGCGCCAUCCGGCACUGGUCAGCUCUACAACAAUGGGAUGAAUCUUAUUUUAGGAAGAAGAUCGGCGAUGUGAAGGUAUCGGUGACCGUCACGCCUAAUGGGUAUGCCGACGCUGUAACAGACGGCAAGUUUGUGAUGCCGGAUGAAAGAAAGAUGUCGAUGUCUGAAUUCCUGGAUAAGUUGGAAAGACCGGACGAUCACAGGGUGUUCUAUAUACAGAAACAGAACUCCAACCUUACUGAGGAAUUCUCGAGCAUCAUCAGUGACGUAGACACUCAUAUAGACUGGGGCACAGAGGCGUUCGGACAACCACCUGAUGCUGUCAAUUUUUGGAUGGGCGAUGGCAGAGCUGUGACCUCAAUGCACAGAGACCACUACGAAAACUUGUACUGUGUGGUAAGGGGAUGGAAAAAGUUUAUCCUCAUACCCCCCACCGAACUCGCUCAUGUCCCGUAUGAAUUAUAUCAAAGUGCUUAUUAUCGAGAGAAAGACAAAGGUGGAUUUGAAAUCGUGGACGAUGAGGCAACAGGCAAGGUGCCCUGGGUGGCGAUUGAUCCCCUGAGUCCCGACCUUGAUCGCUACCCCCAGUAUCGACAUACACGACCCCUGGAGGUGACAGUACAUGCCGGUCAGACGCUGUACCUGCCCUCACUAUGGUUUCACCAUGUCAGCCAAUCACACGACUGCAUUGCAGUGAACUUCUGGUACGACAUGCAGUAUGAUAUCAAGUAUAACUACUACAAGUUCCUGGAGAGUGUAAGCAAGGUCGUGUCUGCAAAGAAGCAGUAAUUCUAUAAAUUCAUUCGAGAAUGAAUGCGAAACUGUGCUACAAAGAAACGAUGAUCAUACAGGUUCCUGGUGAGUGAAUAUUUUGACCGAAAACAGCGACGCUACUAGAUCCUGGGGAAAGUAAACAACAUGGUGUCUGCAAAACAAAACAAAAAGAAAAAGAGCAAUGAUCCAGCAAAUUCUAGGAGAGUGUGAACAAUAUUGUGUCUACAGAAACUCAGUUAUCCCACAAGUGCUUAGAGAUUGUGAGCGACAUUGAGUCUGCAUACAAACUGAUCCAACAAGUUCCAGGAAAGAGUUACCAAUACUGUAUCCGUAAACAAACGGUCCUAUAUAAGAGUUACCAAUACUGUAUCCGAAAACAAACGGUCCUAAGACUUACCAAUACGGUAUCCGUAAACAAACGGUCCUAUAUAAUAGUUAUCAAUACUGUAUCCGUAAACAAACGGUCCUAAGAGUUCCCAAUACUGUAUCCGUAAACAAACCGUCCUAAGAGUUACCAAUACUGUAUCCGUAAACAAACGGUCCUAAGAGCUACCAAUACUGUAUCCGUAAACAACCGGUCCUAUAUAAGAGUUACCAAUACUGUAUCCGUAAACAAACGUUCCUAAGAGUUACCAAUACUGUAUCCGAAAACAAACGGUCCUAAGAGUUACCAAUACUGUAUCCGUAAACAAACGGUCCUGUAUAAGAGUUACCAAUUCUGUAUCUGUCAACAAACAAACUCUCCAAUAGUGUACAGAGUGUUACCAAUACUAAGUCUAUGAAGCCAACUAUAUAUACUAGUAUAUAAUCAUAUAUAUUUUGUAAUAUCCUGUAUAUAUACU